AAAUGUGGGCAGCAAGAGAGCAGCGGCAGUUUUGGAAUUAGACGACGAUGGGGACUUGCUCGACGCAAGCAUACGGGGAGGCAUGGUACUGGGACAAGCGAUACGCUCACGAAUCGGGACCCUUUGAUUGGUACCAGAAGUACUCUUCCUUAGCUCCUCUCAUCAAUCUCUACAUCCCACGCUCUCACCGCCACCAUCGCAUCCUCGUCGUCGGAUGCGGAAACUCCGCAUUCAGCGAAGGCAUGGUGGAUGAUGGCUAUGCGGAAGUGGUCAACAUUGAUAUAUCCACUGUGGUGACUGAAGCUAUGCAGAAGAAAUACUCCAAUCGACCACAACUCAUAUACAUGAAAAUGGAUGUUCGAGAUAUGAGUGAUUUUCAAACAUGUUCUUUCGAUGCCGUUAUCGACAAAGGGACUCUUGACUCUCUCUUGUGUGGAAAUAAUUCACAGCAAAACGCUCUCAAGAUGCUUAAGGAAGUCUGGAGGGUCCUCAAGGAUAAAGGAGUUUAUAUUUUGGUCACAUAUGGAGCUCCAAUUUAUCGCCUGCACUUGUUGAGAGAUUCAUGCUCAUGGACAAUAAAACUCCAUGUGAUAGAGAAACUUCUGCUGGGAGAAAGUUCCGAACAUCCAAAAUGGGAGCUGACUAAUCCCCUUCCAUUGGAUGAUGAUGAAAGCUCUUUGGGAACACUGCUUGGAAAGAACCCUGACGUCCAUUAUAUAUACAUUUGUACCAAGGACGAUUCUUUAAAGGCAGGUCUGAAGCCUGAAGUGGCAGUUGAGAGUGGAACAUAAGCACGUCCAACCCAUUACAUAGAGAUUCCUUCUGUUGUACUUUGAAGUUAUAAAGCAUGUUGCUACGGCACGUAGUAUUAGCUCUUUGUACUGUUUGUUUCUCAGUUGAUCAUAGGGUAUAAUUCCAUCGAAUCUCUAAUUCUGUCGAAGGGAUUGUAAUCAAACCAGUUACUAUUUAACAGUUUGAAUUUCACAGUGUUUCUAACAUUUGGCAACAAAAGCAUGCAAAUAGACGUGGAAUUUAUUAUUGA